GUUCUAUUAUAAUUUGGAAUUUAUAGUUUCAGACUAGAGAUGGAGUGCGAGCAUUUGACAAACAUAUGUGGCAAAGGCUCUGACUUCUCCUUUCCAGAUUUCUCCGGGUCAGAAGACGAACUCUGCUGUUCAGUAUGUAAGGCUAGUGAUAGUAUCUGGGUGUGCGUGAGCUGUGGCGUGCUUAGCUGCGGCCGCUACGUGAACGCGCACGCGCUGAAACACAAGGAGAAGACAAAGACUCAUUCUGUGUGCAUUGAAACCAAAGAGCUGACCGUGUUCUGCUACGACUGUGAUGAAUUUGUAAUAAAUGAUACACCAGACAGACUUAUCGAGACAUUACGCGGUCUCAUACUAAGACGUAGUUUAAAUAAAGAACCAGAUUCGGCUCCAAGCCGAUCGCUCCGCCCCCGGAGAAAAAGAACUGUUUCGUGCUCUGUCGCAGGUGGAGCUGCUCUUAAAAAGCAGAAGGCGCCUAAAAAAGUGCAACAGUCUAAAAUUCCCAAGAAACGGUUGGGAUUAAAAAAUUUGGGAAAUACAUGUUUUAUGAACUCAGUGCUCCAAAGCCUGGGAAAUAUUGAAGAAUUUUGUAAUAUUUUAACCGGCCUACCUUCCUUAGAACAUCAGUUAAACACGAGUAAAGGAGCUAAAACAGCGAUAAAUCGUCUCUCCGCCGACGGUAUAAUUGUUACUGAAGAGUUAAAGAAAGUAUUGAGAGCGUUAAAGGAAGGCGAGGAUAAAUCCGCAAUAUCUCCAGAAUCAUUGUUCCACGCGAUCUGGAAAGUUGUUCCAAGGUUCCGCGGAUACCAACAGCAAGACGCUCAUGAGUUCCUGAGAUAUAUGUUGGACCGAUUACACACUGAACUACUUCUCCUCCUACCCAGCAGGUUCAGGAAUGACCGAAUUGACGAGGUGCUCCGCGGCGCUUCCUUAGCCAAGUCUCAGUCUGUGGUGACGUCAGUGUUUGGUGGAACCCUGCAGAGCGAGGUGACCUGCCUCAGCUGCAGAACAACCAGUAAGAAGCAGGAUCCGUUCCUAGAUCUAUCUGUGGAUAUACCACAGCAGUUUACAGGACCUGUUCGAAAGCCUAAAGAAAAGGACGGAAAUCGAACAUGUCACAUAUAUGAUUGUUUACAGAAAUUUGUCGAAACAGAAGAACUGGCGGAUACAGAACGAUUCUUCUGCAACGUCUGCAAGUCGAAGCAACCGUCGACUAAAAAGUUCUGGAUUCGACGUUUGCCAAAUGUCCUCUGUCUGCACGUGAAACGAUUUCGAUGGACGACCUACGCCCGGACCAAGCUGGAUAAUCAUAUUGAGUUUCCUCUGAACGGUUUAGAUAUGUCCGGAUAUCUUCUCAAUAAUUUGUCCGGGACCAGGUACUCUAACGCAGGAACAAGUUUGUAUGAUCUCGCAGCUGUGAUUGUUCAUCACGGAAAUGGAAUAGGAUCAGGGCAUUAUACUGCCUUCGCUACAAAUAACAAGGCCUGGUUCCACUUUAACGACUGUACGGUACGCGAGGCAGACUUCCAAACUGUUGGAUCUAGUAAAGCAUAUAUUCUCUUCUAUGUACAGAGAGAACUAGAUCUCGGCAAAGUUUAAUCAGCUUUUUUGGAAUUAAAAAUUCAUAGCGAUGUCAAGGUUUUAAGCCAUUUUCGACUCACUUACCCGCUCCUAAUUAUUCAAGGAAAAUUUUUUGACCAUUAAUUCAACCUCUUCCAGUUAUUAAAGAAGAACUUUUAAAGGUAAAGGAGAAAAAAUUGAGGACAAGGAAACUUAAUCUUGCCCUUUCAGAGAUAAUAACUCCACAAACAGGCAGAAGAAAACUCGGCCAAUCCCUGGUUUAGAAGAGAACUCAACCUUUCCUUGGUUCAGGAGAAGAAAAUUUAUCAUAGCAAUAGAGUAUAAUCUAUGGUUAAGAAGUAGAGAAUAAUUUUGAUUGAGCAGUAACUUAAGUAAAAAAUUCGUGAAUUUCGAAUCUAAAAAUAUUCAGCAGCUUAUACAUGAUAAUCUAGGUCCUAAACAUAACCCGGAUAUUCAGAAUCAAUAAAAAUCCAAACUUUGGUCCAACUAGUUAAAACUAGAGACGAAAAAGAUGGAUAUAAAGUAUUGUUAUGGUUAACUGUUUGUAUUUCAGA